AUGGAUGGCAGAAAAAAACUUAGUGGAGCUGAAUACAGAAGAAUUGCUAAAGAAAAACGAAAAAAAGAAAGCGAUGUGCUGUCACUAACGCCAAAAUUAGAAACGUUAUUCAACAAAUCUAAUGUUAAUAGACCAAGAAUGAAAAGAAAAAUGGCUGAUGAAUUGUGCAAUGAUGAAGCUCUGACAAAUGUUGAAAAUAUGUACCAAGUGACUAUGUUAGAAAUCAUUGACAGAGUGAUUACAGAACUUAGUGACAGAUUUGAAUCUUUGAAUAAUGUAAACAGUAUGUUUGGGUUUUUGAGUGGUGUUAAAAUUAAAGAAAUGCAGACAGCAGAUCUAAAAAUUAAAGCCGAAAAUUUGGCAAAUAUAUACUCAGCUGAUCUCAACAUUGAUGAAUUCAUGUUUGAAAUAGAAAGUUUUAAGCAUCACGCUUUGACAGUUGACAAAAAGAUUAUCACCCGCCCAAAACCAAAUCAGUUGAAGCAAACAUUUUUCCACUGGCCACAACAACCUUUACAACUUGGUGGAAUAUAUAAUAUGAACAUGAAACCAACGUUCAAAGGAUUUAAGGGCUGCUUAAGAAAUGUGAUGUUCAAUGAAAUUUUAUACGAUCUCCAUACUGAGCCGACAUUGCGAUUGUUUAGCAAUGUUGUUGAUGGGUGCCCUCAAGACCAUAGACAGUGCAAACAAAUAUUCAUGGAUAAUGAAAACAUAAAAAAGGAAAAAAAUAAUAUCUGCGGUCCAAACUCUUUUUGUGAUAGAAGUCAAGACGAAUAUGCAUGCGUGUGUGAGCCUGGUUGGAGUGGGGGUAGUUGUUCCGAAGCUACACCGGCGGUUGAUUAUUUGGACGACAGUUACAUUGAAUGGAUUGUCUUAGACCACGUACACGAAUUGUUUGCAAGCACGCAAUACAGAUACGAAACGCGUAUUCAACUGAUGUUCAAAACAAGACACGACAGAGGGCUCUUGUUGAAAGUUCAAAACAAAAAUAAAAGCAAAUAUUUGAGCAUCGAGAUUUUAAGCAAAAAAAUUAUCUUAAAGUACAAUUUCGGUGGAACAAAACGAAAAAUUCUUUCCUUACCUUACAUAGACGUUGAUGAUGGUAGGUGGCAUAACGUCAAUGUCAUCCGAGCAGGUGGCUGGGUGCGACUUGCUUUCGAUUCAUUUACUGGUUUUUAUAACAAUGAAAGUUAUACAAGUGAUGAAGCGAUGUCACCAUUUUUUAUCGUCAGCGUUAUCAGUGGUGGAGUUCCAAAGAUCAUAUAUUCCAGGAAUAAAAGCUUUGUUGACGAUCCUGGAAACAUUAUUGUCGAUUCUGAUUUCAAAAAUGGCAAGAAUCAUUUUACAUAUUAUAAUUUUUCAUGUUUCAUAUAA